GGAGACCCUGCUCGCCCACGCGCACAGUCCAAGUGCUGCCGCCCAGGUGUAGUGUCACUCCGCGCCCCGGGUGAGCAGGUACCACUGGCGGAGGGGAGAGGCAGUGAUCAUAACCCGCUGCAGACGGUAGGGCGCAGCACACAAGUCGCUUCCGGCCUGGCGCUAAAUUUUCAACUUAACGCGAGCCGGGCUCCGGAAGUUAAAGUUAAUAGGGAUGACUCCGGAAACGAAGCGAAAUUCGUUCUGAGGGCCGCCUCCAGGGCCCCGCCAGGCUCCCAGCGUGCCGCGCCACCCAGAAUAGACCCUUCUCUCGAAGUUUUCCCCUGGGUUGCAGCCAGGCCUAGUGAUUCAAGGGCUAAGGCUGGCGACUUUCGUGCCCGCUGGUACCGCACUCGGCUGCGAGAGAAGGCUGGCAGCAUGGCGGACCGCUUGGACUACGGGGAAGGCACUGACGCCCAGCAGUUCGUGUUCCUGCUUCCAGAAUAUUUGAAAGAUACUUCAAAGAAGAUGAAAACUGGGCUUAUGUUUGUAAAAUUAGUUAACCCAUGUUCAGGGGAAGGAGCCCUUUACUUGUUCAGUAUGUGUCUACAGCAGCUGUUUGAAAUAAAACUUUUCAAAGAAAAACACCAUUCAUGGUUUAUAAAUCAAUCAGUUCAGUCAGGAGGUCUUCUCUACUUUGCCACACCCAUAGACCCUCUAUUUCUGCUCCUCCACUACCUUAUAAAGGCUGACAAAGAGGGAAAGUUUCAGCCUCUAGAUCAAGUUGUGGUGGAUGACAUGUUUCCGAAUUGCAUCUUGUUGCUGAAACUUCCUGAACUUGAGAAGUUACUUCAACAUGUGACAGAGGAAAAAGAAAUAGACAAAAAGAAAUAUUACAAGUAUAGCAGAGAGAAGACAUUAAAGUGGCUGGGAAAGAAGGUUAAUCAGACUAUGGCAGCAUUAAAAACCAGUAACAUCAAUGUUGGUGCUCGGGUACAGUCAAAUGCAUUUUUCUCCAGUCACCAGAUUUCCAGUGACAAGGAAGAGGACUAUAUUUGUUAUGCCCAUGGUCUGAUAUCUGAUUAUAUCCCUAAAGAAUUAAAUGAUGACUUAUCUAAAUAUUUAAAGCUUCCAGAACCUUCAGCUUCAUUGCCAAAGCCUCCAUCAAAGGUCCAAAUUGCACAUUGGUUCUUUCUAAAUGGAUUGAUGUAUCAAGGUAAUAUUUUAUACCAUUUCACUGCUCUAACAUUGCAGAAAGUAAAGUUAUCACAUGAACCCAUAGAAGCAAAAGAAGAUUACACUAAGUUUAAUACUAAAGAUUUGAAGACAGAAAAGAAAAAUAGCAAAAUGACUACAGCUCAAAAGGCUUUGGCUAAAGUUGACAAGACUGGAAUGAAAAGUAUUGAUUCCUUUUUUGGUACAAAAAUUUUUUAAAAAGUUGAAAAGAUUUGAAACUUUGAAUUAAAUCCAGCAAAAAUAUUUGUCUUUUACAGUUCAAUUUUUGUCCUUCCUCCACAUCACUGUAUUUCCUGACCCUCAGUCACCACCCUUUGGUGGGAAAAAAAGCAGUUUUUAGAUUCACUUGUACAUUUUGUGGGUUUUUUUUUUUAUUUUAUGUUCUUGAGUAAAAUAUGGGAAAUAAUUGUAUAGUUAAAUGACUUGUGGACUUUCAAGUCUUCUUUGACAUACUGAAAAGUAAUCAAGUGACUAGAAUUAACCUCUAGCAUCUCAAUUUCCUCAAUAAACUGACAUGUGACAAUA